GCUGGUGGCCACACAGCUUCGCCAUACGGAGUGAAAGGGCUAAGAAAGUGACGAAGGCUUCAUGUAGGGGGGUUUCAAGAAGGCUCGAGGAUUGUUUUUUGGUUUUAAAGAGUGGCACACCAAAGACUUACUGAAUACACAGCCAAAAUGCUUUGCCACGUUACUCGUCCGGACUCGGUGGUGAUGGAAGUGGAAGUUGAUGCGAAGGCGAACGGUGAAGACUGUCUGAAUAAGGUUUGCAGAAAGUUGGGCAUAAUUGAAGUGGACUACUUUGGGCUGCAGUUCACAGGCAGCAAAGGAGAGAACCUGUGGCUGAAUCUGAGGAAUCGCAUCUGCCAGCAGAUGGAUAAUGUGACGCCCUGUCGGCUGAGGCUGCGGGUCAAGUUCUUUGUGGAGCCCCAUCUCAUUCUGCAGGAACAGACGAGACACGUCUUCUUCAUGCACGUGAAGGAGGAUCUCCAUAACGGUCACCUGCGUAUGGGCUCCGAACAAGCAGAGGAGCUGAGUGCACUCCUGGCGCAAGCCGAAUUUGGUGACUACAACCAAAACACAGCCCAGUACUGGUAUUCAGAGCUGUGUGGAGAGGAGCCAAGCCCUGACACCAUCAACAGUAUCAUAUCUAGACACAAGGCUCUGGAGGGUUCGGGCCAGGGCUCAGUGGAGUAUCAGGCCCUGCAGCUGGUCUCAUCUCUGGAGCAUUAUGGUGUGGAGUGGCACUGGGCUCGCGAUGCAAACGGCCAGCGGCUAGCAAUAGGAGUCGGUCCGGAGGGCAUCGCUGUUUGCAAGGAGGACUUCAGCUUAGUCAACAGAGUAAGCUAUCCCAUCAUUCAGAUUGCCACCCAGUCGGGGAAAACUGUGUACUUAACAGUUACCAAGGAUACAAAUGACAGCGUGGUGCUCUUGUUCAAGCUGAUCAGUAACCGGGCAGCCAGUGGCCUUUACCGGGCCAUCACAGAGACUCAUGCCUUCUACAGGUGUGACACAGUUACGAAUGCAGUGAUGAUGCAGUACAGCCGAGACUUCAAGGGCCACCUGGCUUCACUUUUCCUCAACGAAAACAUCAACCUGGGCAAGAAGUAUGUUUUUGACAUCCGACGUACCUCCAAGGAAGUGUACGACCACGCCCGUCGUGCCCUCUACAACUCUGGUGUGGUGGAUCUGGUGUCCCGCUCUGGCAGCGGGGAACGCUCCUCUCCUUCACACUCCCCAAGCCGGGACAACCAACAGGAUGAGGGGCUGGACUGUGGGAGCUGCCAACAGAGCCGAGCCCUGCAGGAGAGGCUGCAGAAGCUUCGAGAAGCUUUGUUGUGCAUGCUUUGCUGCGAGGAGGAGAUAGAUGCUGCAUUUUGCCCAUGUGGCCAUAUGGUGUGCUGCCAGACCUGCGCAAAUCAGCUUCAGUUGUGUCCUGUAUGUCGAUCGGAGGUGGAGCACGUGCAGCACAUCUACCUGCCCACCUGCACCAGCCUGCUCAGCCUGGCGCUGACUGACAACCACCAACAACACCGUAGCAGCAUCCCAGCACCCAUACACAGAGACAUGGCCUCUCCUCACAGCUGCUCCGCCACAGAAUACGACCACAAGAUCUACCACACAUAAAGACAUUUCCACUACACCCACCCAACUCCACAAUGGACAUUUUGAAGCUAUACCAGCCAGAUUAAAGUUGAACAACAUCUGGAUGUCUGACUACUCCAUGAACCUCCAAAACAGAUAGAAACUCUGGAGCAUAAUCAGAGAUCAAUGCGCUCAAGCCACUCCUCCAACUUAUGUCUGUGUGU